ACAACAGUGACAAAUACUCAGUGCACGCUUGCGCCGAACUUUGAACUUAUCAAUGAAAUUCUUUUUCUCAAAUAUUUCUACUAACCAUUCUAGUGGCAACACUGCGCAAUGUCUGUCGUGCUCACGCUACCUUAGCGUUCGCUUUAAAUCUCUUCACAACAUAACCCUAUUCCGUCGUGUCCUGUUAAAUGGUGUCUGUCGUUUGGUGUUUCAUAAGAUUUUAGGAAAUUACCCUGGGAGUUUUUAAUUUCGAAAGUGAAUUAUUGCAUUGUUCCAAGUUAAAUGUUUUAAUUUAAAUUAAAAUCGUUAAUUAUGGCGACGGUCUUCGAUAUAGAACUGCACGAUGUCGAGACAGUGGAGCUUUCCUCGGAUUCAGAUAAUGAGAUCGACAUCACAGAGGGAAUUAUUGAUGAAAACCCAAAUCCAAACGAAGUCAUUGACCUAACUGGUGAAGACUUUGAUACCCUGGAGAUUACCGGGGCCAAUGUAAACCCGACUCAAGAGCGUAUGUCCCCCAAGGAUUUCGAUCUAUUGAAAGUCCUAGGCAAGGGUGGAUAUGGUAAAGUGUUCCAAUGCCGAAAGCGGAAUGGAGCGGAUUCUGGAAAAAUUUUUGCCAUGAAGGUGCUUAGGAAGGCAUCCAUUGUUAGAAAUCAAAAGGAUGUAUCUCAUACAAAGGCUGAAAGAAAUAUCCUAGAAUCUGUGAUGCACCCAUUUAUAGUACAGUUGAACUAUGCGUUCCAGACGGGGGGUAAACUAUACUUGGUGUUGGAGUAUCUCAAUGGUGGUGAGCUAUUUACACACUUAGAGAAUGAAGGCAUCUUCAUGGAAGAGUGUUCAGCAUUUUACCUAGCGGAAAUCAUCUUAGCUCUUGAGCAUUUACAUAGCCUAGGCAUUAUCUACCGGGACCUCAAACCAGAAAAUAUCUUGUUAGAUCACGAAGGCCACGUUAAAUUGACAGACUUUGGUCUUUCUAAGGAACAUAUACAAGACAAUACUAGAACCUUAACAUUUUGUGGAACUAUUGAAUACAUGGCCCCUGAAAUAAUCUUAAGACAAGGCCAUGGAAAAGCAGCCGAUUGGUGGUCAUUGGGCGCUCUCCUUUAUGAUAUGACAACUGGUGCACCUCCUUUCCAUGGUGGUAGUCGUAAAGCAACUAUUGAAUUGAUCCUCCGUGGAAAACUAACAUUUCCUCAAUACAUGACUGCUGAUAUGAAGGAUAUUCUUCGGCGAUUAUUGAAAAAAAAACCACAAGAUAGAUUGGGAGCACCUCCAGAUGAUGCCAAAGCGAUAAAGAAGCAUCCAUUUUUCAAACAUAUCAAUUGGGAGGAUGUGCUUAAUAAAAGAUUGGAGCCACCCUAUAAACCUUGUGUGUCAAGUGAGGACGAUGUUUCUCAAUUUGAUCCUAAGUUCACCAAACAGACUCCUGUAGAUUCACCAGUAGACUCAUUUUUGAGUGAAAGUGUCAAUAUGAUUUUUGAGGGUUUUACUUAUGUAGCACCCUCUAUACUAGAAGACAUGUAUAAGCCGCCACUAUCAAUAUUAAGGUCACGUUCGCCUCGUAAAUUAGGGUCUUCCUACAGACAUCAGCAGCACCCAUUGGGUUUCAAUAUACCAAAUAUGCCUGCCAGCUCUCACUUACACCAUCCAGGUAUUCCUACUUAUUUGGAACACCAUUAUGAUGGAUCCUCAGGUCACUCUACUGAAGGCCAUUCAUCUAGAGGAGACAGUCACCAUAGGACACAAUUCGGGAUUCCCAUAAGACGGUCCAACUACCCCCUUAGUAAUCAAAACUGUACUGAGAUGAUGGAAGUGAGUAGUGGAGGUAUAUCACAUGUAUAGUACCGGUUAAUCUAUAGUACAAUUUCUAAUAUAUUAUUAUAUUUUUGUAAGUGACGCUGGAUUGGAAUUGGUUGUUUGGCUUUGUUGAAAUACAAGACGUAUAUGGCUGCAAUACUGAUCUUUUGGUUUUAGGGGAGGAUAAUAUUAUUAUUAAAUUUUUUCUGAAGCCUGAGGAUCCUAUAACAAUAAUAAUAAAUGUAUAUAAUGACUGAUAUUGAUUAAUAACCACUCCAAUAAAUGUUUUUUCAAUUUUUUAGAUAGAUAUUAAUAUAAUAUUAGAAAAUUUGGUCCUCCAUUAUGUCAAAGUUAGAACUAAAUUUUUUAAAAAUGGCAUUCAAAAUAAUAUGAAACAAACUAUAAAACCCAUAACCAAUUCAGCUGUAUACAUUUAAUUUUGUUACCGUAUUUUAUUAUUAUAAUUUUGCUUCAUUACAAAUUGGUAUUAAGAUGGAGAUAUUUCUUAGAAGGAUCGAUUCUGCAUGAAAAUAUUUGGGAAAGCAAUGGUAUAUAGAGAUUUUCAAGAAUGAGACUCAAUACUCAAUGUGUCCAAUUAUUUAUCAAUGAUAUUGACCUCGUCCUUGAAAAUAAUACCUAUCCAUUCACUUUAUGAAAAUUGCAUUUAUUUCCAAAAUAAAUUAAGGGAAUUCUUGCUUUAGUGAGGUCCGUUCUGGAUUAAUUUUGGAUGCGAGUAGUAUAGGUUGAUUUAGAAAUAAAAUUCCCUUUCAAAAAAAUAUAUGUUUCGUAAAUGUUCUUGGUGCGAUUGGGAAUUCAAUAAACACAGUCCUGAAUGAACAAAAGCAUGUGCCCUAAAUUAACAAACCACAUACCUAUCUAUAGGUAUUUACAAAAACAAUAAAUAAGCAGUGAAAUAUCAGUUUAAGUUUGCUGACUUCCAUGUGUUUGUAAAUUUUUAAGACGAAUCUAUAGUAAAUUUCUCCAAUAAUUUUUUGUUCACAAAUUUUUGAGAAGUGGCUGAUAACAUAUUAUCUUUUUACGUAUGUUUAGAUUUAUUUAUUUCACAGUAUAAAAUAUAUAUGAAUAAUCUUUUCUCAUCUGCAGAAUGAACAAUCUUAUUACGUAUUUUUUCUGGCAAAACAAACAUAACAUAACAAUUUCAAUUUCUAGAGAUUGUUUUGAUGUGAAAAUUCGAAUCAAUUUUAUUGGAUAGAUUUUCUGUUUCGUUUUAAAAGAUUUCCUAAGAACAAAUAAUUGUUUAGUUUUUGUGUGGGUGUUCCAUGUGCUUUUUCUAAAACACUGUUGAUUAUCGCAUCAAGUUUAGAACAAUUUCACAAUAGAAAUACCUAUAUUUUUCAAUAGAAUCAAUGUAAAAUUUCUAAAUAAACCCCAAUUCCCAACCAAAAUCAACUGCAUUUCUAGUGCAAGAACCUCCCUGAAGAGAUAUCUCAAUUUUAAACGCUUUACGGCUUCCACCGCGAAAUAGCGGUCCUGCAACCGCGGAAAGCAACUCUGUGUAAAGAUCGGUAUAAGCGCAAAACUUUCAGCCGCGCAUGAAAUCCGAUAAAUUUUAUUCUUAUGUUUUUUUCUUACGAAUUAUAUAAUUGUUGUAAAUGGCCAAAUCGCCCAAAUUAUUAUUAAUUGAAACAGGUUUUAGUAUGCAAGGUUCUCGUUUUGCAGUGGGGCCUCAAAUCACAAUUUUUUUUUCUAUGGCCACACAUGGCCAAUAUUUCUAGCUUUUUAGUGUCGGGUCGCUUCAUGAAAAAUUCACAUUUGUUAAAACUGAAAUUCUAUAUUUGCAUUUAUGUACUUCCCCUUGGAAGAGAUAUAUUAUUAUACUUUUAUUUUUUGUUUAGCAACACGUCACCUUCAAAUAUGAAAAAAGCCCUGUAUAAUCUCAGGAAUUUUAAAUAAUUUUUUGGGCGAUUCGAUUUAAAUGAGACGUUUCAACUAAACAGGAAUUAAAAAGAUAUCCGCUUUUUUAAUUUCUAUAUUGUGGGCUUAUACCUAAACUUUUUACAAUAAUUGGGAAAAUUAAAUUAUUAAGGUAUUUGUUGCAGAUAAAAAUAAGUGUUGUUUUUUUUGGUUGUUGGCAUUUUGUAAACAUUGCUUGGUAUUUGAUAUGUCAUGGUGACAUAAAGUUUACCUUACAUAUCUAGAACCUCUCUACAUUAUGGGGCCUAUGCAUUUAGCUAAUUUUAGUAUCAAUUUUCAUUGAUCCAGCAUGUCAUAUAGUACGAAUAAGAAAUUAAAUGCAUGUGACACUAAUUUGGUAAAUAAUUGAAAAAAAUAAUUCCAAAGGUGUCAAAAUAUUGUAGUCAAUAAUAGGUUACCGUGAAUGCCUCAAUCUCUUAGGAUAUUAGAAAACGGCGACUUAUACAAAUGUAGACUUUUUGUAAGCUCCGUGCUUUUUUAUUUUUUAAAAAGUAAGGAAAAUAAACGCGCUUGAAACUUUCCGAGUGAAUUAUGCUAUACUGCCAUUAUUUGCCAUCAAAAAUUAAGUGCUUGCAGCGAACAAAUUUAAUUUCUUUAAGCCACGUUUAACCAAUAACCAACUUAACAUAGCCUCGAAACAAGGACACUCCUUUUGGAGGUUGGCACUUAGAAAAAAAACUCCUUUUUGAUUUUUACUCUUGAAUAUGGUAGGUUAAAGCGCUUAGUUAGUAGCAUUGAAUUUAAGUAGAAAAAUUAUUUGCCACUUUAACUUUCUCUUAAGUAUAUAACAAAAACGCUUAGAAACCUCUAUGGUAGCACAUGUAUCUUUUCCGAAAGUAUAAAAAUAUUUUUUCUACUUGAAUUCAUCAUAAUAUAUGGGUUUAUACUUUCACCAAGUUUGGCUGAAUCCUUUGAUGCAAUAUCUCAGUGUCAACAAAAGUAACGCAGUAUCUAAAAACUUUCAAAAAAGGUGACAUAGAGAAUUUGAUGAAAAAAAAUCACAGAAAAUAACUAGGUAGAACUAAAUAAGUAUUUUAGGAAUAUUACUCUGAUACAUGAACAAUACACCAAGCCUAUAGUUUGGUUGCUGCCGGAAACGAUACACUUACCAAGUUCAUUUAUAAGAGAACUAAUAUAAUUUUGUUCUCUUUGUUUAUAUAUUGCCUAUGAAUUUUAAAACCUAACAAUUUUUCAGGAAUGGGCUCUCACUAAAAUGUAAAUACGUAAUUUGAGCAUAAAAUUUUAAACAAGGGACUAUCUUGAGGUAUAAAGAAUUAUUCCAAUCAAAAAUGUAGAAGCGUGCUGCAGCGGCAAAGCGCAAACAGCUGUUGCCACUCUUUAAAGGUUUGAUCAAUUAAUUUAACUAUUUUUCUUGGCAUUUUCGAUGCUAACCAUCAGUGACAACCCUGUAGAAUUUCCACUUGUGAUGUAUUAGGCAUAAAGUGCGUGUUUUUUAUUUAAUUUCUCAAAAAUUACUUUUUCAACAGUAAAGGUGCAGAAAAUUCUAUUUUCAGUUGUUUUAUCCAAUAAAGCCAAAUUCAAAAAUUAGUGAAAGAGCCGAGCCCAUUCUACAAGAAAAAAACUCUUGUUAUAAAAUAAGAGGCAUUCAAACCUUUGGUGAAAAUUCUUUUUUGUGGGUUGAUUAUGCGUCUUUUUGUGAGCAAUAAAUCUGUGGCCUUGGCACUAACAACCAGAUAAUUAAAUAAGAUAAACAAAGAUAAUUGUUUUUAUUUUUUCAACAUUUUUUUUUAUAACGGGUGUGCAAUAAUUAUUAGCUUCGUAGUUGGCCGAGGUUCUCUUUUUCUAGCACAAACGUAGGUCUGUUGAUAGGUUCAUAUGGUUUGAUGGUGUAAGAUUCUAGGAGAAAAAAUGAUAAUCAUAUUGAUUAUGAUAGGAGUAUAACGAUAACAAUUAUAUUACAAUUUGACAAAAAUAUUAUUAAAAGUCAAAAACAAAAUAGGGGAAAAUGACAAAUUAGGUUUACAGGGUUGUCAAUUCCAAUACAACCUAAGACUGGUGGCCCAACUUAUCACUGUCACUGGUGCAUGAUUUCAUGGAUAACUCUGUUUUGGGUGUAGUAUUAAUAAAGUUCAUUUAUAUUUUUCAUUUAUUUAUAUAUUUAAUGGUGUUGCCACGUAAUACUGAACAGAUGGGAACUGUAACUAAAUGUCUUCUCUUAUUUCUUGAAUUUAUUAGUUUUUAGUAAAAAUGAUGUAAAAUCCACAAAAAACAUUGCAGAUCCUGAUAAUUGUGUAAGGGCGAACAAGAAUCUUCUAAACAAGCCUUAUAUCAGUGAAACCUGUUGGAUUUUUUGGCGGAUUUUCGGAUCUGGCUUGCCUCCUUUCUGAGGCUAUCAUCAUAACUGUCAUAUAUGUUUGCAAUGUUAGCCAAGACAUAUGUAUAGGGUAGUGGACAAGGUAUAAUUUCAAUGGAAUCGAUGAUCUAUUCUUCAUCUAUGAAGUAAAUAAAAAAUAUUCGUAUCAAAAGAAAUUUCAGAUGAAAUUACUAACUUUGUUUAAAACGGUCGUAAAAGUAGAGUUUUGGGACGCAGUAUUUAAACGGAAAUAUUUCGCGCCUUGAUUCUACGUCAUAGCUGCUGUAUUUGAGUAUGAAUUAAAUCAAACCUACGUCCGAUAUUCGACAUAAACUUACUCAUUAGUGCAAAAAAGAGAGAUAUAUCAGCGUCUGUCAGGUAUCAUUACAUCUAGGCGCACCCUCAACAUAACCCCACUUUUUGAGAGGUUUCCAUUUGUCAAUCAGUACGCACUGAGUUUAUCGGCAUCCUUUUCUAAAAUCAUGUAAAAUAUAAGGACGCGCUAUCGCCACUCUUAUUAUUGUCGGAAUGCCUUGACGCUAUUGAACAUAACAGCUAUGACGUAAUUUCCUGGCGGGAAAUUAUAGCGUUUAAAAUAUUUAUGUAUAUGUUUAUUUUGUUAUGGAGAUUAAUAAAAAAAAUAUUUCAAAAAAUUAUCCACUACCCUAUUGCGCUGCAUAGGCGACCUGGACCUGAGCAUUACAAUGAUUAUUGAACACCCGUUACUUCCAUAUUUUUUCAAGCUAUGUGUGCCUUUCUCUGUACUGUCUCCGAUGCAAUAACCUUAUCAUUAAUAAACGGGGACACCACAAUCAUUCCAAUGUAAUCACCAAAAGAUUAUUUAUUAUUUAAGAUCACCACAAGGUCCCUGACAAUCAUUACCCACCUUUCCACACAGUGUCUCUUAUUUCCAUUUUUUUUUCCUAGGUAAAAAUUAUUGAAAAUAAAUCUUUCUCUUAUUAGAUAUUUUGUAGGUGGAUUUAGGGAAGGCUAGACAAAAAACCCUGGGGUGCCCAAAAAUGUUGGAAAAUUAUAAUUUACAUUAGUUUGGUUUCCUUACUUGUAUUAAAAUUUGAAAACUUCUGAUUGUUGUCCCAAAUCGUUCAAACAAGUAGCUUACAGACUUUGGUGUAUAUAUAUAUAUAUAUUCAAACCCAUAAUUGAUUUACUGUGUAACAAAUUCGUUAACAGAGAGUAAUAGUACUAUCCCUAGCAAGUUGACUUCUUCUCAAGAGAAAAAUAGAACUUUUCACCAAAAGGUGUAAACCAUUUUCUUUAUAAUAAUAAACUUCUAAAAAUUUCAUCAUACCGAGUGUCCCAAGAGAGUGGCUAACCCCUAUAUUUUUGUCUAUUUUUAAAGAUGAGCAAAUGAAAUUUGAUAUGUACAUGGGUUACAUAAAUAUGCGUUGUUUGACGUGACUUCACCGCUCCACAGGCUUUGCAAAUCGUAUUCAUGCUCAUAAUUAUUUAUUAUUUAUUUUGGCAUAAGAACAACGACCAGCCGGCCGGAGUUAAUGGAAAAAUAAUAUGGAUUGGUUGGAAAUUAACAAAAAACAAUUUUUUGCGCCAUGGUUAAUCUGUCAGUUUGCCAAAUAAUUUCGUUUAUUUAUUGCCUUACCUCCCAUUCCCAAAUGAAACGAUUAUGGUUUCUCAUUAGGCCCAAGUGCAAUAGAUUGUAAAUAAAUAUUUUAUAAACACUUAUUAUUCCAAAACCGCCAAACUCAGCAAAAUUAGGUAUUGCUGGCAAUAGUUAUUUGUGUAUUAAUUCGUCGCCUUCACCGCAUAAGGGUGUAUCUCAGAAAUUAUGAAAAUCGAGUUAGGUCUACCAAAAAUAUUGUAAUAUCAGCCCCCAUAGUUCCGCAAAGUGGCGUAUCUCGAUAACUAGUAAUAGUAGUAAUAGUAUUACUAGUUAUCAAGAUACGCCACUUUGCGGAACUAUGGGGGCUGAUAUUACAAUAUUUUCCGCAAAGUGGCGUAUCUCGAUAACUAGUAAUAGCUCUCUUUCGGAAACUGUUGCUCCUAUAGAGAUGGCCGUGGUUUUAAAUUAUAGGAAAUUUAGUCUACUUUAAAAAUUCACUGAUUAGUUAUUCCGAAAAAACUAACCCUUCACGGUUAAAAUCGGCAAAAAUGUCGAAAAUUCUGCGUUUUUCUAGACUUUUUACUAGGUUGCGUUCGGCCGUCGAGUUCGAAAACUUGGCUUAUUUAUUGGACCGACAUCAUAAACAACUCGGCAAAAAAUCAGAACUACCGGAUUUGACGCAAAGUCGAAUGUAUAUGGUUACUGGAUUACUGGUGUCAACACUCGCUAGCAUCAUUCUGUAAAUAUGCGCCCCGUUUUCCCAAUCCAAUUUUGCCUAUAGAUAUUAUAUUGAAUAUUCGGUUACAUUCCGCUAUUGUGUAGUAUCAAAUAGUUUGUAAAAAAAAAACUAUUUCCAGCUCUGGUAAUGAGCCACCUUCAUUCCAUAUGAAAAAAAUUAGUAAAGACCGUCGGAUUUUGCAAAUUUUAAACGAGCCUGUAGAGGCUAUAAAAAAUAAAAAUUAAAUCACAUAAUUUUUUUCCGCGACGACUUGAUCCAAAAUUGCAGGAUUGAAGGAUUGGAGAUCAAAAUUCAAAAAGUUGAAAAUGGGGUGUUCUUGUGUUCGGAAUGCCAUUUUCUAUAUCAAACUAAGCAAAAAUAAACUGGAGUUAAGAAAAGCAGUUAGGGUCAAACCGGAAGUGACAGAAAACAACUGACUACAUCAAACAAUGCAUAUACAGGUCUGGCAAGUCAGCAUUUUACAGGCCAAUUUUAAUGCAAUAGAAUGAGAUGUAUAGGAAAAUUCUAAGGUGGAACAGGGGAAAUCGUUUCCGUUCUUUAUUCAACCUUACACUUUUUCUAGGCAUUUCAUUCUAUUGCAUUAAAAUUGGCAUGUAAGGUGUUCACUUGCCAGACCGGUAUGUGACAUACCUACAUAACAUACCAAAUUUCAUUUGUUUAUAUUUAAAAAUAGAAAAAAUAUACCGAGGGGUGAGCCACCCUCUAAGUACACCCGGUAUAUGCCCAUAAAUAAAAAUAUUUUUUCUACUUGAAUUCAUUGAAUUUAAACUUUUGCCAGGUAUCGGCUAAUUAAUCAAUCAAAACUGCUAGUCUAAGUGAAGAAACAGAGGAUAAGUUACAACAUGUGGAUUCAGCUUCAUAUUUUCCUUGCACUCAUACGUAGGUAGGUAUCCUGUUAUAUAAAACAAUUUUCCAUAUUUAUGUUUUUGGGUUGAACUUUAUAUUGAUAACAAAUUAUUAACAUAUGUACGUGUUAACACUUUUUAUUAUAUUAUUAUUAUCAUUAUUAAUAUUAUUAAUUAUUAUUAUUACUUAUUAUUCUUAUUAUUAUUAGUUGAUUGAUGUUUUGUGAUUAGUAAUUUUUUUCAAGAGGCUUCUUCAGUAAGUGUUCGUUUUACUAUGUAAGACUUAAAAGACAGACGCAUCUAGUGGUUUUGUGAAUAGAAUAAGAAGUGGAAAAUAAUAAUGCGUGUGGUAGUUUAUAUUUUAUCAACCCUCAUUUUUUAACCCUGUGAACUUACUAACACAAAUAAUUGGAAUUAUUUUAUUUAUAUUUUAAAUUUCUGGAAAGGUGAUUAUACAACAUUUAUAGUAAUUAUAAAUUUGAAAACCAGACUUAUUAAAGAAAAUCCUGAAAUAAUUUUAAAAAUGUAUACGUUAUAUUUUAUUUUUUUCUGUAAUUAUUGAGAGCUACAAAAAUAAGUCAGGGAUAAAAACAUGAUGCAUUCCAGGGGCGGAUCACGUUGUCUUGAAAAUUUGGCUACAAAAAUUAAUAUCGUAUCCUACACAUAUUCCUUUAUUCCUAUAUAAUAAUAAUUAGAAAUGUAAGAUUGUCUCAAUUCGUGCAUUAUCGGCGAAGGUUAGUCCCAUUUUUUUUUUUCUAUAUUCGCUACCUACUCCUUCCCGAAAUAACCCGUGUUGCACCUCCACCCUCUCAAAAAAAUCGCCAACUUGUACUCUUGCGCCUCCUCUGGCACAAUCAUCUGGAUCCGCCGCUGAUGCAGUGUUAUAAAAAGUGAAAACAUUACCCCAGGAGAAUAACCGCUUGUGAAUCAACUACUAAGAUGAAAUGCAUAGAUACUGAACUCUAAUCAUUUUUUUAUUUCUGCUUAAGAACAUCUCAUUUUUAUUGUUGUUUGAAAUACCCCGCACAAUAAAUCGUACAUUAAUAAAUUGUACGUUGUGCGUAUAAUUAUGAGAGUUUUCCUAUAAACGAGUUCAUUAUAAACAUAUGCACUAAUAAGGUCAUAUUGUAUAUAGAAUUAAAGUUGGAGCAAUUCUAUUUGGUUGCUUCAGGCAAGAUUUCGUCUUCCUUAGGGUACGUAAAGUAGAUAAGAUGGGCCAAUAUAAAAUUUUCUCCUAUGGUAAUAUUUUCAUUAUGGUUAAUAUUUUAAUGUUAAACGUGGGGGAUGAUGCAAAUUAUAUUUAUAGAAAUACAUAAAAAUAAGACUUUCCCCUUGAUAAAAAACGUGUCACCCCUCAGUUUAUAUAUCCCAGUGAAACUAGUAAAAACUGUUGCUACUGAAACCUCUAGACUUUUUUUGCUGAACUAUUGUUUGUUGAUAGUGUUCGUAAUUUAGAAUAGUUAUAAAAUAAUUAUUGGUAAUUAAGAAAAGUGCAAUGGGUUUUUGACUCAACUUUGUGUGGGUCCAAAGCCUAUCCGGUUUGCUAUUUAAAUUUUAAUGAUAUUUUUUAAACAUUAGGGCCAACAUCUUUGUAACAAAAAAAUAAAAAUAAUAAAAAAUAA